GUUCCGCCUCCCACGCCUCAUAGGCGCGGCUGGCCGCUCGUCUAGAGCGUGAGUUCCUGAGUGGGUGAGGCAGCGGUCCCUGGAAACAGUUCCGGGAAACCCCGCGUGUUGCCGGGGUCGCGCCGCCGUCCAUGAGGAGAAGGAGGAGCGCGCGCCAUUUGCCGUCGCUGCUUGGGCCCGAGCUGCGCCGCGCAGGCCCCGCUCCGCAUAAUAAAAUGGCUAAUCAGGUGAAUGGUAAUGCGGUACAGUUAAAAGAAGAGGAAGAACCAAUGGAUACUUCCAGUGUAACUCACACAGAACACUACAAGACACUGAUAGAGGCAGGCCUCCCACAGAAGGUGGCAGAGAGACUUGAUGAAAUAUUUCAGACAGGGUUGGUAGCUUAUGUCGAUCUUGAUGAAAGAGCAAUUGAUGCUCUUAGGGAAUUUAAUGAAGAAGGAGCCCUCUCUGUAUUACAGCAGUUUAAAGAAAGUGACCUGUCGCAUGUACAGAACAAAAGUGCAUUUUUAUGUGGAGUUAUGAAGACCUACAGGCAAAGGGAGAAACAAGGCAGCAAAGUACAGGAAUCAACGAAGGGACCAGAUGAAGCCAAGAUUAAGGCUUUGCUAGAGAGGACUGGUUACACUUUGGAUGUAACUACAGGACAGAGGAAAUAUGGGGGCCCUCCUCCAGAUACUGUAUAUUCUGGUGUUCAGCCUGGUAUUGGAACAGAGGUUUUUGUUGGUAAGAUUCCCCGAGACUUGUAUGAAGAUGAAUUGGUGCCACUUUUUGAGAAAGCUGGUCCAAUUUGGGAUCUGCGCCUCAUGAUGGAUCCUCUUUCUGGUCAGAACAGAGGUUAUGCAUUCAUUACCUUUUGUAGUAAAGAUGCAGCACAGGAAGCAGUCAAACUGUGUGACAACUAUGAAAUCCGUCCCGGGAAGCACCUUGGAGUAUGUAUCUCCGUGGCAAACAACAGGUUAUUUGUUGGGUCAAUUCCAAAGAACAAGACUAAGGAAAACAUAUUGGAAGAGUUCAGUAAAGUCACAGAGGGUUUGGUGGAUGUAAUCUUGUAUCAUCAACCUGAUGAUAAAAAGAAGAAUCGAGGAUUCUGCUUCUUGGAGUAUGAGGAUCACAAGUCAGCAGCACAAGCUCGCCGCCGCCUGAUGAGUGGGAAAGUAAAAGUCUGGGGCAACGUUGUGACAGUGGAAUGGGCUGAUCCAGUAGAGGAACCUGAUCCAGAAGUCAUGGCAAAGGUGAAAGUUUUAUUUGUAAGAAAUUUGGCCACUACUGUGACAGAAGAAAUUCUUGAGAAAUCCUUUUCUGAAUUUGGAAAGCUGGAAAGAGUAAAGAAGUUGAAGGAUUAUGCUUUUGUUCAUUUUGAGGACAGAGGUGCAGCAGUGAAGGCUAUGAAUGAAAUGAAUGGGAAAGAGAUAGAAGGGGAAGAAAUUGAAAUAGUGUUAGCAAAGCCACCGGAUAAGAAAAGGAAAGAACGUCAGGCUGCCAGACAGGCCUCCAGAAGUACUGCGUAUGAAGACUAUUAUUACUACCCUCCACCUCGCAUGCCACCUCCUAUUAGAGGCAGAGGCCGUGGAGGGAGAGGUGGAUAUGGCUAUCCCCCAGAUUACUAUGGCUAUGAAGAUUAUUAUGAUGAUUAUUAUGGUUAUGACUAUCAUGACUACCGUGGUGGCUAUGAAGAUCCCUAUUACGGCUAUGAUGAUGGCUAUGCUAUAAGAGGAAGAGGAGGAGGAGGAAGGGGUGGGAGAGGUGCCCCUCCACCACCUAGGGGGCGGGGAGCACCACCACCAAGAGGUAGAGCUGGCUAUUCACAGAGAGGGGCACCCAUGGGACCACCAAGAGGAGCCAGGGGUGGGAGAGGGGGUCCUGCACAGCAGCAGAGAGGACGCGGUGCUCGUGGAGCCAGGGGCAACCGUGGGGGCAACGUAGGAGGCAAGAGAAAGGCAGAUGGGUACAACCAACCUGAUUCCAAGCGCCGUCAGACCAACAACCAGCAGAACUGGGGCUCCCAACCCAUCGCUCAACAACCGCUCCAGCAAGGUGGUGACUAUGCCGGUAACUAUGGUUACAAUAAUGACAACCAGGAAUUUUAUCAGGAUACUUAUGGGCAACAGUGGAAGUAGACAAGUGAGGAGGGAUUGAGAAUAUUGGAAACAUAGAAUUGGCUAUAGCUCUACAUCCUUCAAAACAAAAUUGGCUUAAUGUUUCAUCCUUCAGUAGCGAUUGGCUGCCAUUUGUAUUGGGCUGAAGAAUCACUCUAUUGUGUAUAUACUCGAGUCUCUUAGUUUUCUUUUUUCAUAAACGCACUUGGACAUUACUGGGCUUGCAGAAUUCCUGAACUCCAUAUGGGGUUUCAAUGCUUUUAUCAUUUUAGGCUUCAUUUUAGCAGUUUAAAAGCAGGAAUGGCACACUGUUCAAUCAUGAUUUUGCAGAACCUCUGGUUUUGGACAGUUUCCUCUUUUUUUGGUUUUUUUUUUGUUUUUUUUUUUUUUGGAUUUGGGAUAGACUACAUAGGAGUAUGCUGUACAUAAAAGUAAAAGCUAGUGCUUUGUCUUAGUAGUUUUAAGAAAUUAAAACAAAUUAAGUUUUCUUGUAUUGAAAAUAACAUGAUUGUAUGUUUUGCAUUCCUAGAAGUAGGUUAACUGUGUUUUUAAAUUGUUAUAACUUCACACCUUUUUGAAAAUCUGCCCUACAAAAUUUGUUUGGCUUAAAACGUCAAAGCCGUGGCAAUUUGUUCCUUGAUGUGAUUGUAUUUCCAAUUUCUUGUUCAUGUAAGAUUUCAAUAAAACUCAAAAAUCUAUUCAAAACAUUA